AUGGAAUUCCAAUCUUCAAGAAGUGACGACUUUGACUACGACAAUAUCGCCAUGGACACUAGUGUCCUUGGUGAUCAGACCAUGGCCAGCUUGGAAGAGAAAAAGGCACAGAUGUCACAGAUUCCUCCACAAAUUCCUCCAUCAUACCAUAACACCACACAACCUGCACCCUAUGCUUAUAAUCCUGACGCGGAUUCCACUGGAAACGACGAUCGACCCACAGAAGAACUGGCAUAUGGUAGUGACACUGAUGAUGUCAGUACUCUUGCCAACGACACGGUGUCAGGGCGUCAAAGCAUCACAAAGCUAUUUCCAUUAAUAGCCAUCAAGACGAAAAGUGGAGAGGCGCAACGCUCAGGUCCCGCAAAUUCACUUAAUUACCAAGGAUACUCAAACGAUGAUGGCGACGACGAAGGUCUCAAGCGAGAUAUUGUAGACGAGAAAUCGUCGUUCAAGAAACUAAAGUACUUCAUUGCAGCGGCCUUUGGCCUAUUCUUGAUCGGAUCCAGUACUGCUCUCACGCUAGGGUUUCUGAACCUUAAGGAUGAAAAAGAGUCAGUUGAGUCUAGUCAAAGGGCAUUUGAUGAAGAUCAAAUUGUUGGGGAUCAGUUAGUUGGGGAUUGGGAGGAUUGGACAUUCAAACCUACACAAGCAGGGAGUUCGCCUCCAACCGUAUCGGGAUCUCCUUCUUUUACACCAACAACUGCAUCUCCAAGUUCAACACCUUCGACAUCAGUUCCCAGCUCAUCUCCUUCAACAUCCAGUCCUUCAUUUUUCUCUUCAAUGGCGCCAACAGGAACGGUUCCAACGACUUCAGCACCUACCAGCGUGCCUUCAAGAAGUCCAUCCAUCGCUCCAACCGGAAAUCCUACCAGAAAACCUACCGGCAUGCCCUCACGCACGCCAUCGGUGAUGCCCUCUAUGGCUCCAUCGCCUUCUCCAACUCAAUCACCCACUACUUCGCAACCAACUCAAUCACCCACAACAUCUGCACCAACCAUGAAGCCCACGACAGCACCACCAACUCAAGCGCCUACACCAGCUCCAACCAUGACCAAGGAAGAAAAAUUCCAAACGGUUUUAGGAGGAGCUUCGCCUGACGUUUUGGUUGACAUUGAACGAUCGGGGAGCCCUCAAAAGGAAGUCUAUGAUUGGCUCCUUUCGGACCCAGACUUUUAUUCCUACAGCGAGGAUCGUUUGAUCCAGCGUUAUGCAUUGGGUGUAUUCUCCUUGCAGACGUCGGACAAUCGUCGUCGUCGCCUGGCACUAGACUACUCCAAUGAGUGCAACUGGUUCCCUCCAGCGGACGGAAGUGCUGCUUGCAACCGUGAAGGCAUUCGAGAGAAUAUUGUGCUUCGGAAUCAAAAAGUUGAUGGCACCCUUCCAACUGAAAUUUACAUGCUUGAGAAAUUGAAAACUCUUAUCCUCCCCAAUUCUAUGCUUUUUGGAAUGCUCCCCGAUAGUAUCACAGGCAUGAAAUCGCUUCGCGUUUUGGACCUCAGCAACAAUCGCUUGAGUGGAAACCUUCCAGAACAAAUUGGUGACUUGAAAAAACUCAAUAUAUUGGAUUUGUCCAACAACGCUUUCAACGGCGAACUCCCAAAGAACAUUGGAAGGCUUAAGGAUGUAAAGCAAGUGAACCUAAGUAGAAACCUUUUUGAAGGAGCCAUUCCUGCGGACAUUCGAAAAAUGAAGAAUCUCGAAUCUCUUGACGUUCAAAGUAAUAGAUUAAGCGGCAGCAUUCCUCUGGAAAUGACAGAGAUGGUGAAAUUACAACAAUUGCAGCUAACUGAUAACUUUCUGACAGGGGUGGUAGAAGCCUCGUUCUGUCAACCCUUGGUCGACCUUACUAUCUUCACGACAGACUGCCAAGCAGGAGGCUCAAUUACGUGCAACUGCUGUACCUUCUGUGGAAGUGGCGUGUCACAGGCCUCGGUCGUUUCACAGGGCAUCUCAAUUCAAAUAGCAGAGGCAGAUUCACCAAAGCUUCGCGGCUCAACCCCACAAUCCCUAACUUCUGGGGAAGCUAAUGUCUGCGAAAACAAGGUUGAUGCAAUUAAGACGUGCUACGAGAGUGGAAGUGACAUCAGAGUCCACAUUACGAACUGCGACGCUGAAGGCACUGACUGGAUUGGAUUGUAUGACUCGAAUGCCGAUCCUGAGAAACUUGGAGAGCCUCUACUGUGGCUUAAGACUUGUGGAAGACAAGAUUGCGGAGUCACAACUCGUCACGGCUCGGUAUACUUUGACGAAACAGCAGCCUCGGGAUCUUCUUGGCCCAUUGCUGAAGGUUCAUACAAGGCUUUCUUAGUCCGAAACGGAUCACACAAGAGCUUUGCAGAGAGUGGGGAAAUUCUGGUGCAAGAGAAAUGCUGA